UGCAGAAGAGGUGAAGAAUCAAGUAAGACAGAACAGAUGAAAAGAGGGAAAGGUUGAGACAACUUCUGUAGGUUCUAGUUAAGAACAGUUGUUGGAAAAGUAUCACAGGAAGAAUCUUUAUCGUCCUUGGUACUUUCUAAUCAGGUGCUGUGUGUUUUUCAACUUCCACUCUGCUAUAUGUCUGGGCUCUUGGUGUCAGGGAUGUCUGAAAGAAAGACCAGAAGAGCUUCUGCCUCCUUAUCAUUCCUGGUCAUCAUACUUCUGUCUCUUCUCGCCUCAUCAGCUGCUGCAACAGAAAGGAAGGCCCCAAAAAGAAUAUUCCGAGUACGCCCUCGACCGGCUGGUGAAAGAUUAUCUGCUCUACAGGCAUUGGGAUUAAGAACUACACGCAGAUUACGAGGCUAUUCAUCCAGUCCUGGAGAGAGUGCAAGGAAGAUAAAUUAUGCUCCUCUUAAACCAAAUAUUCAGAAGCAAGACAAUAAGCAACGUGCAUCUGAGUCAGUGCAUGUGGUCUCCCUACCGUCAAUGAAUUCUCAGAGGAAAAGCCAGCCAGUAUUUCGGGCAGCUGUUACAAAGCUUAAAAUUCCAGAGGAAACCCAUUUUGUGGAACCAAAAGAUGUCAGUGUUAGAGUCAUAUCUUCUCAGUCUGUACUCGUUUCCUGGAUAGACCCUGACUAUGAAAAGUCUGCAAAGGUUGGCUCAAACAGGCAGUACUCUGUACGCUACAGAGAAAAGGGAGAGUCUGCAACAUGGGAUUACAAGCAAGUGAACACAAGGCGUGCUUUGGUGGACAAAUUAAAUCCUGAUGCUAUGUAUGAAUUUUCUGUCCGUAUUUCUCUAGAAGGCACUGAGGGCCAAUGGAGCUCUUCUGUUUUCCAAAGAACCCCUGAAUCUGCUCCAACAAGUGCCCCUGAAAACUUUGAUGUGGAGCCCAUAAAGGGCAAAGGAACAGCUGUAAUGGCAAAAUGGGAUGACCUGGAUGAUGCCAAUGGCAGGAUUAAAGAAUACAUCAUCUCAUAUACUCCUGCACUCAAACCAUUUGGAGGCAAAUCCUUGUCCUACUCUGGAAGAACUUCUUCGACCAUAAUUGAAGGCCUGCACCCUGGGGAACGUUACAUUUUUAAAAUACGAGCAGCGAACAGGAGAGGGCAGGGCCCACAGUCUAAAGCUGUUACAGUCAUUAUGCCAAUAGCCAGCACUGCAUCCAAAACUCUAUAUCCUCCAUCUCAAAGAAAGCAUGUUGAAAAACUUGAAGAAAAACAAGAGAAAGAUUCAUUAUCAACUUCAGAAGAGACACUUAACUUAAAGUCUAAUUUUAAAACUGAUACAGAUUCUGAUUCUAAUGCUAAAACAUCACACACAAUUGUUAACAAAAACCCUCUAGAAUCCAGCAAGAAAACUGUCGAUGAGGAAUCCAGUCCUCAAUCAACUGAAAUCACUGAGGAUACUAACCUUACAACCCCAAAGCCAAAAUUUGCACCCAUUCCUCCAAGGAGGCGGGUUGUGAUAAAGAGACCUGUUAACUCUGGCAUAAACAAUGGAAGGAGACCCAUAAGAAAAAAUCCUACACAAGUAGAGCAAAAAAAGCCAGAGAAUAAACUUGUUUCUCCCACACUUUCUGUAGAUGAAGACAAUGAAACCAAUGAACCAGAACUAGAUGAGUCAGACAAAUAUUCCCUUUCUGAAAGAAAUCCUCUAUCUAAGGUAAUUGAAAAUAUUCCUAAUGAAAGCAAAGAAGAAGAAGACCACCCGCUUCCAGAUUUUAAUGAUUCAAAGAAUGUAGUGACCAACAUUUCUCCAUUAGAUUCUAGUUCUAAAAAGAUUGAAUCAAGUAGCCAUGGGAACAUAGAUGAUGGUGAACCUGGUUUAGAUAUAAGCAAAUACAUGCCAGAACCCCCCUCUGCUAGUGCCCCUAAAAAAGAAUCAACCUAUACAAACCACAGAAAGCCCUUGAGUAGGUUUCCAAUUAGUCAAGGAAAUAGCAGAUCUUCCUCAAAUUCAGUUAGAAUUCCAAUACGAAACCAACCUAAUCCUUCUUCUAAAUUGCCAAGUGUGCCUAAAGUAGAGAAAGAAACUAGUGAAACUGAAGAAAAACCAAAAGUAAUUUCUUCUCAAAAAACAGUUCCUCAUUUAAAACCCCAACGACAACCAUCUGUAAACAAAGGCAAAGAACCAGGUCCUCAUAUUACUCACCAUUCUAGAAAUCCUGAUGUUGAUAUUAAUGGUGAAGCAACGGAUAUAGAAGAAAUAAACAAAUAUUCAGAUUUUAGAGAACAUGGAUCCUCAAAAUUCCCUGUACAGAAAUCUUCUAAAAUACAUACCAGUUCAAAGUUGAGUUCAUCUUCUGAUACUAAACCAAUUUCAUCUGAUAAAGAUUCUGAUCAUGCAAAUACAGAAGAGACAGGGAAAGAAAAGGAAGUCUCUCAGCACAAAAAGUUAAAGACAGCAGUUAGCAAUACUGCAAAACACAUUUCUAUAAAUACUCCUAUUCCUACUACCAUCUCAACCACCAUGAUUUCUACUACAACCACCUAUUCUACAGUUAAACCUCAAACUACAAGUAAAUCAUACAAACCAAAUAUAAGAGACUUCAACAAAUACACUGCAGAAAAAACCCAAACAGAUUCAGUGCCAUCUUUCAGUGGAAAGUCUGCAUUAUCAAUAUUAGAGUAUUACAGAAGAAGGAGCUCCAAAGUAAAGUCAAAUGUUGGCACUAGAGUUACAUAUAGGAACAACAUAAAGGUUCAGGAUAGCACAAGUACUAUUGUGCCAACUACAACUAUGUCAACAACAGAAACUGUUGCAACAACAUUAACCUCAAAAUAUUUAGAAGAAGAUACUAAAGAGGAAAAGGGAAAAUACAACUUAGUGCCUUCAAGACCAACAGUAAAUAUUAAAACAGAUCACCAGUCUCUUAAUGAACUUGAACUUAAUUUAAGGGUAUCUUCCACUCCCCAGACACUUAGUAAAGUUGGUGAAAAGUCCUCUUCGCCAGCUCUGAUCAGCACAAAGCAAACAAAUAAUUUGCCAUCAAAAACCAAUAUUGUACAACCCAAAUAUAAAAAAAUAAUUGCACCUAAAAUCCCUGUCAGGGACAGCAAAAAGAUCUCUACUAGUUCAAUCCCGAGCCAGAAAUUUCCUAAAGAAAAUUUGUUGCCCCAUGAUCGGAAGUCACUUACAUCUAACAAGAAGAGUAAUAUUUCAUCAGACACUUCCAGCCUAGAAAAAACAGAGAAAAUACCUGACAAUUCUAUGAGUACAUCUGAUUCCAUAUCUCCUUCAUCAUCAAGCAUUCCUUCUAGGACAGGUUCUGCCUUGCCUUUUCCAGAUCGAAAAUCCAAUAACUUGGAAUCUAAGAAUAAAGAAGGAAUAUAUCAAGGGAAAGAUGAGGCCAUCAUGCCUUCUGUAGAAUCAUAUUCUUACUUACCAUCCAACAGAAAUAUUGAUAUUAGAAAAACAUCCCUGGGUAGACCCUACAAGAACCUUACAAAUCCACAUUCAUUAUCAAAGCAAUACGAAAUUCCAGAAGUUGAAACAAAUAAAGAUACUAAAAACAAGCCAAAAUCUGUUGCCUCUUCUCCUUUAUCCAAGACAUUGCCUGGUACAAAGCAAAGAAUAGGUUACAAAGUACCUAUAAGAGUGGAAGGUGUGAGAAAGAUCAAUAAACCCAACAUUUCACCUUCAAUAGAAAGGGACGAGACAACGCAUAUUUCACCAUCUCUAGCGAAAGGAAAAAAUGAUGAUGAUUUUCACAAAGCAUCUAUUAAAACUCAGCCAACAGCAAAAGAGGAAAGCCCUACUUCAUCUUUAAGUUCACAUUCACCUUCAUUACCUUCUUCUGGAAUACUUACAAGUAGAAACAUUAAUAGGAAUGAUUAUGAAAAGAAUAACUUUAGGGACUCCUCUUUUUCUCAAGUACAGUCUACAAAACUAGAAGACGAAGAAAGCUUAAGUGCCCCUUCAACAUUAAAAGACAUUCAUCAAAAGUCAUCAGGAGCUUCCUCUAAUUCUAAAUAUUCUAUUGUGCAAAGAAAAACAAGCAGUACAACUACAGUUAUGCCCACCACAAGUCACUCACAUAUCUCAACCAGAACCUCUCCAUAUAGACUAAUCCCUUCAUUUCCUAGAAGACCAAGUUUUGGAAGACCAUUAUUAUCUACAACUACACCUCCACGAACAACUACUCUUGGGCGUACGGUUUCUCCUACCAGUUCAUUACGCCAAAGGAUUAUAAAUUCAAGACUUCGCUCGCCAUUACGAAGACAAUUUGGAAGACCACUUUAUAGGCAAGGUAACAAUGGAAGACCAAAUCUAUCACCAAGAGUGGACUCUAAUGGGAAUGUUCCAUCUGCUACUAAUGGACAGAAGAUAAUCCAUGGCCCUCAAGGAACAAAGUGGGUUGUUGAUCUAAAUCGAGGAUUAGUCCUUAAUCCAGAAGGAAGAUUUCUUCAGGAUUCCCAAGGAAAACCACUUCGCAUAAAGAUGGGAGGAGAUGGUCGAACCAUUGUAGAUAUGAAUGGGGCUCCUGUUGUUAGCCCUGAUGGAUUGCCUCUUUUUGGAAAUGGAAGAUACAGCAAACCUGUAGCCAAUGCACAAGACAAGCCAGUGCUAAGCCUGGGGGGAAGACCACUGAAGGGGCUUGAAGUACCCAGAACAACUAGAAUACCAACUACUAUACCAACAACUACCCCCACUACCACUAUAGCCACAACUACAACCACUACUACCACCACCACCCCUCCUACAACUACACCUGAACCAACAACUAUUGAACAAACUACAGAGGAAGUCUCAAUGCCUACCUGUCCUCCAGGCACAUAUUCACAAUAUGAUGAAGAAGGAAAUCUAAUCAUGGGACCUGAUGACAAGCCUGACUGCUACACAGAAGAUAGCUUCUCAGGACAAGAUUUGAUUGUUACCACAGAAGCUUCUGAAAUUAUUACAUACCCGGACCUUGAUGAAGACAAUUAUUUAUUUGAGACCACUGAACCUCCCAUUAAAUUAACCACUAAAUCUCCAACUCCUCCUGAGGUUCUAGAAAUUGAGUCAAUUAGUUCAAACCUGGUGUCAGAAUACGACGUGGCUGGAAAAAAGAGAUUUACUGCUCCUUAUGUGACUUACAUUAGUAAAGACCCAUCUGCUCCCUGCUCUCUGACUGAGGCCCUGGAGCAUUUUCAAGUGGAAAAUCUGGAGGAUAUCAUACCCAAGGACAUCAGUGAUCCUGUUCUACCUCCCCAGAAAAUAUCUUACAACAUCACUGUCGUGGCAGUGGAAGGCUGCCAUUCUUUUGUCAUUCUAGAUUGGGCCAAACCCAAAAAGGGGGAUUUCAUUACAGGAUACUUAGUUUAUAGUGCAUCUUAUGAAGAUUUCCUGAGAAACAAGUGGUCAACACGAACAGCUGGAGCCACCAAUUUCCCUGUUGAAAAUCUGAAACCAAAUACAAGAUAUUAUUUUAAAAUUCAAGCAGAGAAUCCUUAUGGUGUUGGACCAGUGAGCCCCCAUGUAUCAUUUGUUACAGAAUCAGAUAAUCCACUGCUUAUAGUGAGGCCUCCAGGUGGUGAACCAAUCUGGAUCCCAUUUACAUUCAAGCAUGAUUCAAGCUUUUCAGGCUGCAGUGGCAAACAAUAUGUUAAACGCACUUGGUACAGAAAGUUUGUGGGUGUUGUACUCUGCAAUUCUUUAAGAUAUAAAAUUUACCUCAGUGAAAAUCUAAGGGAUACAUUUUAUAGCGUAGGAGACAGCUGGGGUCAUGGUGAAGAUCACUGUCAGUUUGUGGAUUCUUACAUGGAAGGAAGAACAGGACCUUUGACUUAUGCAGAGACAAUGCCUACAGUUAAUGGUUAUUACCGCCAAUAUGUUCAAGAGCCAGUGUCAUUUGGCCAAAUCGGCUUUGGAACUCCACAUAACUACGUGGGCUGGUAUGAGUGUGGAGUGCCUAUUCCAGGCAAAUGGUAACAAACAGGUGGUCUCGUCAAGAAAGCCACAAUGAUUUGCACCUAUACAAACCUGUGCCAUUCAACUGAAUGGAUGGAUUUACAGCACUGUUGAAAGAAUAGGACCAAAAGAUUAAUAUAAAACUAUAUGUUUCAAACAAAAACACUGUUGAUCAAAAUAUGUGGUGCUGCAUUCCUGGGACUCCUGUUGUAGUUUUCAAUUGUUCCUGCAUUAAAAUAUGUUUGCCUUGGCACAUCCUUCACUCAGUGAAAUCCCUUGACCACAAAAAGCUUGGACAAAUCCUGUAACUUGCAAGAAUGACGGCAUAAUGUGCUUGCUUCUUUCUAAGCGUAACACCAUUGUGGAAAACCCAUCGUCUGGCAAACUUUUCCCACUUAUUAAUUAAAUAUCACACUCACAUAUACCUUCUUAGAAAUCCUUGUAGCAUAGAAGAGAUUUCCAGUCACCGUCAUCUUUGCAAUUGUUGAAAACCCUCCAUUUGUGUAUGAUAACAUUUCUAAAUAUGUUGUGAUUUAAAAAAAAAGGUAACAUUGAGGCCAAAGUGUCCUACUUAGUUGGAAAAUUAGGGUACUAAUCAGGGAUCUACUUUUAAAAUUAGUAAUGAUACUCUGUUAGCACUGGAAAUAUAUUUUUCCAUCCUUUCUAAAUAUCUCAGUAUCCCAUUCUUUUCUACAAUUUGUGGCUCAAAAUGAAAGGAAUACUUUCCAGUGUAAUUUACUAUCAUUUUCAGUAGUGUAUAAAACCCAAGGGAUCAUUUACAACAUAGGUAUAGGUGCAGUAACUCACAGCAACCAACCAGAAACAGAGUUUAAUCGCACUAACUCAGUUAUAGAGAAAAGUAAUAAACUGUCCAAAACUUUGUCUAUUAACCCAUAGCCACCAAUCAGCAGGUAGCCAGGGUCGGAUUGGGCCAGUGUGACAAUGGGUAAAAACCCGGUGGGCCCUGCCGACCCAGACCUGCAUCAAUCUACUGUCUGCACUGCCCCUUGAUCUUCCCCCAGCCCCGAUUGUGGACUAAACUAGAAGACAGGUAUAUGUGAGGGCCCAUUGGGGGGGUUGUGGCUGGGGCAGGCGGUGCCCAAAGGGGGGUCUGAUGCUUCAGGUAGCAUUUAGUGGUCAGUUGUUUGAUAACAAACAUCUGAUUGGCUUCUAUGGGUUACUAGAUGUGGGAAACCAUUAAAUACAUUUUAUUAAUUACCCUUUUAGGAUGCUAAAACUAAAUGUCAGAGCUAUGAGCUUCUGCAUUGAUACACUUAUGUUAGUUAAUUGGUGUGUCUUAACCUAUUCACUUUGCUCACAUCCAUUCUGUGUGUUGUUUACAGUGCAUUUAAACAUAAGGGGUUUGAAUGUUCCCUAUUGUCAUGCUUAGGUGCAGCAUUCAUUGGUAACCAUGCAAAUGCCUCACUGACCAACUUAAGUCUCCACAAUACUUUAGAAAAAUCACACCCAAGCAACAACAACAAUUUGUUAAAGAACAUACAGCUGCUUUACCAUUUACCAUCUAUAUCAUCUCUCACUGGCAGAGCUAGAAGUAUUGGGCUAUGCAGCCAAGUUUAUUAGUGCCCCCCUAACCUCAGGGAAGAUGGCCUGUUUCACAAGUAUGUAAUGUAACUGGGCAUCAGUUACUAUCCUAGUGGACUCCCUUGAUGUCUGUUGGGUUAGUUGCACCAGUUGUAACCCACCGGCAGUUCUAUCCAACUAAAUAAUUAAGGCCAUAAAAGGGUACAAAAAUGGAUACUUGUAUAGGUUUUUGGAGUAUUUUUAAAGGAUUCUGGGAACAAUUACCCUAUGCCUAAAUUUAGUUCCAGUGUAAAUGGAAAUUGACUUCCUAUAUGUUAUGCGCUGUAUUUUCUAUCUUGUGUAGAAUUGGAUCCAUUUAAUGCUAACCAUAAAGGCAUGCAUAAGAUGUUGGUUUGUUAAUGAGUCGGUAAUUUACAAAAUGAAACAUUUAUGAUGCUUUUUUUGUGUUUCUGACCCUUUAACGUUUUAUGCUUAAUACAAAUCUGGCAGGGCCGGAUUUCCCAGUUCCAUAAUUUAUUGCAUGAUAUAAGCAUUUUUCAGUUGUAAUUGAGAGUUCUGGCAACAACUGAGUUUGAAAUUACAGCUGGAGACCUGCAAGUCUGAUAACAUGGGUCCAGACACACCUAAAAUGUAUGGGGUUAUAGCUUUCAGUUUUAUACUCAAUGUUUAAAACUUUAUAUGUUUAAGGCCAAUUUCUUUAUUGCUGUUGAUCAGCAACUCUUCAUAUCUAAAUAUAUAGAUUUUACACUCUGUGUAUAUUCAACUGAUGCAAAAAAAAGUGUCCAGUGGUGCCAUAUAGACAAAUCUUGUCUUUAAAACUGGUGCUUUAUCUAUAUUAGCUGCUGUUAAGGCCCAUUAUAGACAGGAUAAAUAUAACUAAAGUUCAAAAUGUGAUUGUUACAUGUCUUCCAGAGCGGUUACGUCUUUUCGUUUUUGCACUAACCAACUGUGCCUUAUUGUCAUCUACUCGAACCACAUCAUUUCUGUUUGUUUGGAAAGAUUCUUGUAUCCUUGGUAGGUCUUUUUCCUUCAUCAACAAUAGUCUGAAAAAGCUUUCACGUUACAUUUGGUUGGCUGUUACUGAAUUAUUAAUAAUGCAUCUUUAAAACUGUGGUGACUAUGGGAGUUGUGUGUGUGUCAAUGUCUUACACAUUCUAAACUGAUGCACUUUGUAUUGUUUCACUGUUUGGCCAGUAUUUACAAAACACUAACGGCUAAGUAGUAACAGAGGUAAAGUUCUUCUCUGGUCUAGUGAUCCAUCAAUCAAAGUUAUCUUUUAUGGCCUUUUCCAGUUGGACGACAGAAAGCUGUUAGUAGAUCAGGUAUUUAGUAUGGGUUAGUAGAUCAGGGCAGAUUUUGGAUGUUUUUGCAUUACCCAUUAUUGAGUUUAUAAGUGCAGCCUAAAGUCUGCUGCCUUCCCAAGCUGCAGGAAACUCACUGCAAAAUGUAAUCAUCAUAAAAAUGGCCAAUAAAUGAAAACAAAAGUAUAGCAGAGACUAACUUGCAAAAAAGGGGCUAUGUUGUUUAGGGGAUAUCAGUAUUGUAAAUCAUAAAACUUUGAUAAAUCACUUCCUGAAUUAAAAGGGUGCUUGAGGGCUGGCUUGAGUGUCGUUUUUAAACUUCACCUAAGUCACAAUGUGCCUGUUUGGUGCUAUCGCUUUUACUGAAAAUAUUGUAAAAAUGUAUCCGGUCUAUAUUCAGGGAUUGGACACUCCAGUUCACUUAUGUGCACAAUAAUGCGUGUUUAUUAUUUGAAAUAAAAAAGAUAUGUUGAAAAAAA